UAUUUGUCGAUGACAGAAAGGCCUUCGUCAUAAAAGCUGAUACCAAGAUAUGGCUCACUUUCCUUCUGGCUGCUUUUGCAGGAGUCCUGCAUUGGUGUCACAUAACAACUCUUUUUGAAAAUGACCGUCAUUUUUCUCACCUGUCAACGCUAGAAAGAGAAAUGGCUUUUCGCACGGAAAUGGGUCUUUAUUAUUCCUACUUCAAGAUCAUUAUUGAAGCACCAUCAUUUUGGAAUGGAGUGUGGGCAAUUAUGAAUGACAGGCUAACUGAAUAUCCUUUAGUGAUUAACACCUUACAAAGGUUCAAUCUUUACCCAGAGGUGGUCCUCGCCAGCUGGUACCGCGCUUAUACUGCCAUUAUGGAUUUCCUUGGUGUACCGACAAAGACAUGUUGGACUGUAAACAGAGGAAAAGGGCUUAGUCCUGUUGAAAGCUGUGAGGGGUUGGGAGACCCUGCUUCCUUUUAUGUUGCUGUGAUAUUUCUUUUGAAUGGAUUAAUGAUGUCACUGUUCUUCAUAUACGGUACAUACCUCAGUGGGAGCCGUCUAGGAGGCCUUGUUACAGUGAUGUGUUUCUUUUUCAACCAUGGAGAGUGCACUCGCGUCAUGUGGACUCCACCUCUUCGUGAAAGUUUCUCAUACCCAUUCCUUGUGCUUCAGAUGUUGCUUUUGACCUAUAUUCUCAGGAUUCCGAAUAUUAAUACAGGAAGCUUGAUUGCACUGUGUGUUUCUAAUAUCUUUUUCAUGCUUCCCUGGCAGUUUGCUCAGUUUGUUCUUCUAACACAGAUAGCUUCAUUAUUUGCUGUGUGUAUUAUGGGUUAUAUUGACUCCUGCAAAUUACAGAAGAUACUCUCUGCUCAUAUGGUAUCUCUUCUAGUGUGUUUUAUUCUGAUGUUUGGUAAUUCAAUGUUGUUGACAUCCUAUUAUGCUGCAUCUUUAGUAGUUAUCUGGGGAAUUCUUGAACUGAGUCCAAAAGUCUUGAAAAGCAGCAGAAGAGAAGUCUAUAUAUGGGUCAUUGAAGGAUGUGCCUGGGUAUUUGGGACAGUCACCUUGAAGUACCUAACUUCUUUAGUGUUUGGAAUAGCUGAUGAUGCCCAUAUAGGAAAUAUAUUAAAAUCUAAAUUUAUUGGCUACAAAGAUUUUGAUACAUUAAUGUAUACCUGUGCUGCAGAGUUUGACUUCAUGGAAAAAGAGACUCCAGUAAGAUACACAAAGACUUUGCUAUUACCAGUUGUUUUCAUGGUUUUUGGGGUAAUUAUCAAAAGGGCAAUUAAAUAUCUUAUGUGGGCCCUACCUCAGGCAGGCCACAGUGAAAGAGAGGAACAUUUUAACCACGGUGAGCUGGUAUACCAUGCGUUGCAGCUGUUGGCAUACAGUGUCCUAGCAAUUUUAAUCAUGAGACUAAAACUGUUUUUGACACCACAUCUAUGUGUUAUGGCUUCCUUGGUGUGUUCAAAACAGUUGUUUGGAUGGCUCUUCUGUAAAAUCCAGCCCAAAACAUUGGUCUUUGCUAUUUUAGCAUUGAUGGCAAUAGAAGGAUCAGCAAACCUUCAAACUCAGUGGAACAUCAUGGGAGAAUUUAGCAAUUUGCCACAGGAGGAACUUUUAGAGUGGAUAAAAGUCAAUACCAGACAAGAUGCAGUUUUUGCAGGAGCAAUGCCUACAAUGGCAAGUGUUAAGUUGUCUACACUUCGUCCUAUUGUAAAUCAUCCUCACUAUGAAGAUGCAGGACUAAGGGCCAGAACUAAAGUAGUGUAUUCUAUGUACAGUCGAAAACCUGCAAAAGAAGUAAAAAGAGAAUUGAUAAAACUAGGAGUGAAUUACUACAUUCUGGAAGAGUCAUUGUGUGUAAGCAGAAAAAAGCCUGGUUGCAGUAUGCCUGAAAUUUGGGAUGUCGAAGACCCUGCAAAUAGCGGCAGAAUUCCUUUAUGUACCCUUAUGAGCAAGGAUUCCAGGCCAUAUUUCAUUACAGUAUUUGAAAACAGCAAUUACAGAGUCUUGAAGAUUCCAAAGGAAUAACGUUUCAAUGCAAAGAACCAUCGGUCCUUCAACUUUUUAAAGUAGUAACUAUAAGAAUUCUAAAUCAGAAAUACCUUUUCUACUAGACUUAAAAUGGAAAAAUAUGUAUUUUAUUUUUUACCAUUUUAAGUGAAUUCUGAUUAUAGAAAUAUCUUAGACCUAACAGUUUGGAUUUCUAUUUCAGGGUCAGUCCCUUGAGAUUUGCUAUGCAAAUGAUUAUGUGUUUGCACAUUUUAUUUAACACUGAUCCAAAAAGAGUUAAAAGUAUCUAUGGGAAGUAACUUCAUUCUCAAAACCAAUGCUAUUGUGAAAUGGGACUGUCGGAAUGUCUUAGCAAAGCAAGUUUGUUUAAAGCUUUGGUGCUAGAAGCUAAGAACAAAGGAAUGGUGCUAUAGCAUCUGGCAUCACAUUUCUUAUGUCACUUUCAUUACCCAUCUCUGUCUGGACAAGGUGAUACUAGAAAUUCUCUUAAAAGUCACAUAGCUUCACUAGUCAUGUCUGAAAGAAAUAAAUCUUUUUCUUUGAGAGGAUUAAGAACGUUUGUCAUUUUGGAUCACUUAACACAUGCUUUUAAGCUUGCUUUUGAAAUGGAAAAGUUUGUAUGCAGACUCGAAACUUCAUUAUUUAGGUGCAUGUUCUUAGAGUCUUAUUGGUAUUACAAAAGAAGACUAAUAAGGGUCAUAUUUGCAGUGAGCAAUAGUUUAGCUUCUCCAUGUCCAAGGAGUUUUAGCAUUCGUAUGCAUUCAAAAUAAGCUGGCAUAAUAUACAAGAAAUUUUUAAGGGAAAACGCUUUAUUCAGGAAAAAUCUGUCAUAGCCUUAGAAAGAUACUAAAAUAAACCCUUCUCUGCCUUAACUAGACCUUCAGCGCCUAACUUGGUAAGAACAACUUUCAAAAUUUAUGCCCUAUUUUCUUUCCCCGUGUAUUAGAUCCUGCCUGGAUUUUGUCAUCAGCAUUAAAGAAAAAUGAAAGUAUGAUAAAGGAUAUAGUCAGUGGU